AUGAAGCCCAUCAACCUCCUCCUGACCAUCUUCCUCCCCUUCGCCGUGGCCCUGCCCACCUCGGCCGUGAUCAAACAUCAGCGUGACAAUGACAACAACAACAACAACGGCGAGGCCAAGCGCCAAGACGACCAGCUGGACACACGGGAUGAUACCACGACGGCCACGGCCAAUGCCCGGGCCAGCUUGGAACUACUACUGUUGAUGAUGAUGAUGCCGGAGCGGAUGAUGGCCCUGAUGAUAAUGAUACUGGAAAUACUCCUGAUGACGACGGAAAUAAUGGGGAUGGGGGUGAUGGAGGUGAUGGAGGUGAUGGUGGAGGUGGAGGUGGAGGUGGAGGUGGAGGUCACGGCGGCGGUCAAGGCGGAGGACAAGGAGGAGGCCAGGGCGGAGGUCAUGGCGGAGGUCAGGGUGGAGGUGGAGGUGGGGAUGGUAACGAAGGAGGUGACGAGGGAGGUGGUGGUGAGGGAGGUGACGGAGGCAGCGAGGGUGGAGAUGGUGAAGGUGGAGGUGAGGGCGGUGGUGAUGAGGGUGGCGGCGAGGACGGUGGUGGUAAUGAGGGCGGAGGUUGUGCGGGCGGAGGAGGUGAGGGAGGAGGAGGUGAGGGAGGAGGAGGUGAGGGAGGAGGAGGUGAGGGAGGCGAUGAAGGAGGCGAUGAAGGAGGUGGUGAGGGAGGCGAUGAAGGAGGCGAUGAAGGAGGCGAUGAAGGAGGCGAUGAAGGAGGUGGAGGUGGAGGUUGGAAUGGAGGAAAGGGCGGACAACAGGACAAGGGACAUAAGGGAAUUUGGGGAGGAGGAUGGGGAGGAGGAUGGGGUGGUAAAGGUGGUAAAAGUGGUAAAGGUGGUAAAGGUGGUCAUGGUGGUCGUGGUGCUAAGGGUGGGAAGCAAGGCGGAAAAGGAGAGACGCGAUGAUUAA